CAAGUGUCGUGCCACCGGCGCGACGGUUUUCCGAUCGCGGUGUCAAGUUCAGAAUAUAAAGAGUCACGUUUCAAAACCAGUUUCCCUGCCAGCUUAAACGUUGUCGUUAAAAAGGUCGAACGCUGUUGCGCACCCCUGCUAUCGUCUAAUUUUCACUCGUAGACGCGAUAAAAGAUUAGUCGCUAUUGUGAUCUCCAGAUCCAUUGGAUUACACAAUAUUGCAACAAAGUAACGAGUAGAUCGCGAAUCUUUAUGUAUUUAUGAAAAAUUGAACGUGCAGAAAUACGUUAAAUAUACAAAGUAUAAUACUCGUUAUAAUAUUUAACAGUUGAAACAAACCUCCACUUAGGUUUUAUUUCUUUAGUUAUCUUCUAGAUUAUUGAAACGUUACAUAUACCGAUGUGCCGAACACAAACUCUUUUGAAAUUAUAAAUAAUCUCGAAGAGAUUGGACACGGCGUUUUUUACCUAUAUUAUACUAUAAUAAUAUCCAUGUAAAUAAACAAACAGACGACUAAGGGUAAAUCAACGAUGUUCGUUUCGACGCGUUAUGACGAAAAUAUUCGUACUGAAUUGUUGGUGGUAACGAAAGAUCGGACAUGUCGUCGUGCAAGGAAAAGAGACUGCGUUCCGGCGCGUUUCACCGCUACGAUCGACGACACAGAACAUCGCAUACCGUUUCUCGCGUUGGGAAAACGAAUUUAAUUUACCGCUGACACGUUCGCGAUGUCGAGUUGAAGAUGUAUGAACGCCAUGAGCUUCGUCUUUUGAACAGAAAGAAAUUGAACGUGCAUAGCGAUGCCAAGCUCAUACCUCUUGCUAAAGGGAGAAAAUAGAAAAAAGAGAGAGAAAAGAUUCCAAAAAGGCAAAUCGGAACUAUGCGAGGAAUGGGCUCUAGCGAAUAGUCGCGAAUGCGUAGAGGGCAGCGGUUCUGCUGGUACAACGCACGAUGAAUCUGAGGAUGCAUCGGAAGCCAGGUUCACCCUCAAAUAUUUAGGUAGUACCCUAGUCGAAACGCCCUCGAGCGAAGAAGUUACGGCCGAAGCCAUCAAAACCGUCAUUACUAUGGCAAAAGCAAGCGGUAAGAAGCUGCAACGGGUCUCUUUAGCCGUGAGUUUAAAGGGUAUUAGAAUGACGGACCUUGCCACGGAAGAAGAUCAGCUUCAAGUGUCUAUAUACAGAAUUUCAUAUUGUUCGGCGGACGCCGCUCACGAUCAUGUGUUCGCAUUUAUCGCAACAAAUUUGAACGAAACUAUGGAGUGCCAUGCGUUUCUCUGCCCCAAAAGAAAAAUGGCUCAAACGGUAACGUUAACUGUGGCUCAGGCGUUUAACACAGCUUACGAGGCUUGGCAGCUGUCCCAAGCCGAUCCUAGGAUCCAUCACGCUCAAGAUAAAAGCCCCUCGUUAACUGAUGAUAGGAAUGAAAACAACGAAAAAAAGAAAAACGAAGAGGAGGCAAAAUCCGUAAAUAAAGUUAACGAUCAGAACAAAGACAAUGCUCAGCAGCGUAAUGCGAACGAUACACCGAAAAAUCUUCUAAUUGAUUUGUCGAAUGAGACUAAAGCAACCGGAAAUUCAUGGGUUUGCUUCGAAGACGAAGAUGGUAAGAAGAUACAGAAAAAGAGUAACGCUAUUAGCAUUCCCAUGACGACUUUGAGACACAGCACGACGUCUGCGUCGCACCACGUUAUGCCGAAGCCAACGACGGGCUUCAAAAUUCAAAAUGCUUGGGGUGAAUCGAGAUCUGUAGACUUGAUGUGCUCGUAGCAGGCGUAGCCUUCGGCCGAUAGCUUCCGAGACGUGCCAUUAAUCACCGAUCUCUGGAAGCAUCUAUCGAAUAACGGCCAACCGAGGAAAAUCAAGCAAUAGACUAAUUAUUAUCGUCGAACUCACGAUAUACCAUUAAACAUCAAUGAAUCGACUCGUUGGAAGAAAUAUCUUGCAGCAAAUGCCAUUUCGAGAAAAACAAGGUGCUGGUCGAUCGAUUCCAACGUAACGCUCGGCUGAUUUCUAAACAAAAUUUCCUGUUCUGUUGUGACAAGACUACCGAAUACGCUUACCGAUAUUUUACGAAUAUCACGGAGUCGACGAUUGAACGGUGAUUUUUGUUGUGGUGAUUUUUCCAUACAUUUUACGUCCUCGGAGAACUAUCGAUAUCGAGCAGUGCUCGGAAAAACAAAUAAAUCGACAGAAAGUGGGUUUUGUUUCAUCACCAAGAAAUGGGAGCAAUUUUUAGAACCUUUUUGUAUGAUGCCUGUAUCCGUGCCAAUUCUUUCACACAUAUCGUAUACAAUCUUAUAUUACUGUAUCGUGUGCGUGCGUCUACAGCAAGUUUUACUAUUUUAACACUAUCUGUAUACCAAAACCAUUUAUUUCCGAACGAUUUUGCGUAAAAUCAAAGGAUACUUAAGAGAUGACAUGAAAUUGUCCGAUCAUCCACGACGAAACAAAACGAAUUCCUAUAAUUCUCAUUAGAUAUAAUCGAAUUUUAUUCGUUGUUAAAUAGCUGGGCUAUUUCUUAGUCGGGCGUUCUUAAAUUUGUUUCUACGCGAAAAAUAUAUUUAGAGCGUAUGUUUACGAUUAGGUAAUAACAGAGAACAUACUAAUUAUACUUUUGAUAUUAUCUAUUUGAUUUUUUGAUCUUAUGUUGUAAUUUCUAAGAAAGAAAUAUGUUUUGACAUUAAUUUUUGUCCGUUUUCCCCUUUUUUGUUAAAAGGGAAAUUAGUAGAAAUUAGUUUUAUUUUUUUGAAAUACAUACUGAUAGAUAUUGUCAGCAAGAUGAUCUUAGUCAAGUUUAUGAAAUAAGAGUAAUUUGACAUUAAAAACAUGCAUUGGUACGUAUACUGUGAAAGCAUGUAUCUAUUUAACACGUUCAUCAUCAAAAUUCGUAGAUAAUUUAUGUGGAAUUUGCAUUGAGUGUAAAGUAUGUCGCUUGAAGGGAUACUCGCGAUCUCUGAACUACACGUCUAUCUACGAUAACAUAUUUGUGAUUAAUCGCGAAUAUAAUUAAGCGGUCAAGGAUUUGCUUUCAAGAAUUUCAAAUCAGACUUUGAGUUGUUGCAAGUUACAAUCGUUAUCGUAUCGUUAUUAUUAUAUUAAAAGCUUUUUAAAAGAACUCUUUUCCUUUUAUCGCAAGAAUAUAAUAUACAUCGCAUUGACUUCUUUUUUUACAAUAUUUGAGCAAUUGUAUAUUUAUGUCACAUGAAAAAUCAUAUUCAUCCCCGAAGAACGAUAGCAUCUAUGACGUACGAUGUUACAUUAUAGGUAUACGAAGGUUUGUUGUCUGAUAGUUGAACGUAGUCGGCUAUUUUCGUAGGAAAUUCGAUAGAUGUAUAGCGCAAAAUGAUAUUAUACAAUCAUUGCUGUUCGUAACAUUCACACUUAUUUGUGAAUCGAUGUUAAAAAUGCCGGUCGAUUUGUAGCUAGACUCUAACGUUCAAACCUUGUCGAGCUUCGUGUUCGAAAACAAGUUAGGAAGUGAUACGUAUUUGUUGUUGGAUUGUUUCGUUGAUUUGUUAAACAAACUAUAGGAGUAAUUGAUAUUUUGUUGGUGAAAAUUGCCAGUAAUUUUGUAUGGUCAUAAUACGAUCGGCGGGGUGCAUCUUUGCAGUUGUGCCACGGUUGUGCAACGUUGCUUAAUAUCACUAAGUGUUUGAAUAUAAUUACACGUUAAAUACACUCAUACAUAUCCAA